AUGGCUCAGCAGGGAGUUCUGCUGGACCAGGACCAGUUCUGUUGUUCUGUCUGUCUGGAUCUACUGAAGGAGCCGGUCACCAUCCCCUGUGGACACAGUUACUGUAGGAGCUGUAUUGAGGGCUGCUGGGAUCAGGAUGUUCUGAAAGGGGUCUAUAGCUGUCCUCAAUGCAGAGAGACAUUCACUCCAAGGCCUAAUCUGAGGAAAAAUAACAUAUUGGCUGAGUUGGUGGAGAAACUGAAGAAGACAGGACUCCAGGCUGCUCCCCCUCCUGCUCUGUGCUAUGCUGGACCUGGAGAUGUGGCGUGUGAUUUCUGCACUGGGACCAGAAAGCAGAAAGCCCUCAUGUCCUGUCUGGUGUGUCUGGCCUCUUACUGUGAGAUUCACCUCCAAUCUCACUAUGAAUCUCCUGCUUUGAAGAAGCACAAGCUGGUCAAAGCCACCGCACAACUACAGGAGAAGAUCUGCUCUCAUCAUGACAAACUGCUGGAGGUUUACUGUCGUACCGAUCAGCAGUGUAUCUGUUAUCUGUGUACAAUGGAUGAACAUAAAGGCCAUGAUACAGUGUCAGCUGCAGCAGAGAGGACUGAGAAACAGUGCCACGUGUGUACUGAGGGCCUGGCAGCUGUUGAGGCCCACACCAGAGGGGGUGUGGUGCCUGGGCCAUGGGUAUGGGAGGAGCCCAUCUUCCACAACCCACUGAUCCUGUUGAGGUCCACUCAUUCAGCCAUCCUGCAGGGACCUUUAAUGGCAGCAGGCAUCAAGAGACUAGCAGACCUGGUGGACCUGCAACGCAAUUCUUUUCAGGUCGGGGGCAUCACUGUCUGA